AUGAUUUGGACGAUGAUUUUCCUCAAACCGAACGCGCUGGGAAGAGACUGCAUUGACAGGUGUGGCUCCACCAUCGAUUUCUUCAAGAAAGAUUGCAAGUACCAGGUGAGGAUCGACAACACCCAGGAUGAACAGGAGAUUGACGCCCGCCUGGCCAAGGCAAUCCAGCUACCGCAGCUGGAGUACGCAGGUGGAAGUUUGCUGACCAUUCUGCUCGAGGAUGGACGUUUGGUGAACGCUCAAGUUAGCCGCCAAGUGGAGUGGAACCGUUUCGCCAUCAAGGUGGACGGCCAAGACCAAGACCAGCUGGUGGAGUUGAACGAAGCCAACCACGUCCAGGGCCACUGUGCGGACUUCGACUCCAAGGCCUAUCUGAAGUACUGCGCCAUCCAGCGGGACCGCUUCCGGUUCUUAGAAGACAGUAUCACAUGCCGGAAGAUGGAUGUGGAGACACAGGUGAUUUAUAUUGAUACUGCAGUUGAAAGCGCCACUGUCCAGACCCCGGACAUCAAGAGCCUUGCAGACUUGCUCUUGGGUGCUGAUGGUGAACGCUUCAAAGGGCAGCAGCUGAUCUACAGGUGCUUAAUGAUCGCUGGCCCUGGCACGGGCAAGACUUGGUCCUCCUGCCAGUUGAUGUACCACUUGAGCAAGGCCUGCUCGGCCAGAUCGGUGCUCACGGGAAUUGUCAAAAUGCCCACCUUGAUCUUCGCGCAAAAGAUUGCAGGUAUGAUGCGCGCAGAGGGAGUCAGCGACGUUAUGUACAACAAGCUGCCGCUGGCAGCCCAAAAUGCGAUCCUGGACAAGCCGUGGUUGGAGGAUGGGUUCAAAAUUGAGUACGGCCAGGAGUAUUGUGCCGUCCUGGUUCGGGCGCUGCGGCUUCGCAGUGCGAUCGUGCUCUUGGAUGGCAUCGAUGAAGCCUCAGAUGUGAAAGGCGUCUUGCAGAGCUAUAUCAUGCGUCGCCUGGUUCCGAUGGAGAUAUCCUUGGUCCUCACCUCUCGUCCGGAGGGGGUCAGCGCUGACUUGAGUACCUUGAAGCAAUCCUUUGCCAUCAUGUCCCUCAAGCCUUUGUCGGAUAAGCAGCAGAAGGACAUCAUCUUGAACCAGGUCCAGAGUGAGGGGAAUGAAUUCUUCGAGAAGAUGAUGGGCUUUGCAGACAUCCGGGCCAAGCAUGACCUCAUCUAUUACCAUGAGGCCUUUCCCGAUCCAAAAGACCGACGCUACAUGGAGAAGCAGCUUCCAGCUGUAAAUCGCUUCAAGAAGGAGGAUGGCAGCUGGGAUCCCACCAUGGUUCAACACUUGAAAGGCCAAGUGAUCAAGGCCAUUCCGACAGGAACGGCGCCCAGCUCGGCAUACUUGAAGGCUGCCUCCGGCUACUUCACGGGCGAGCUCUUUCGUGUCAUGGACAAGCUCUUGAAGGAGAAGAAGCCCACAGCUGACCUGGACGCGGUGUUGAAGGAGAAGUUCCCUGGCACGGAUGCCUUCAAGCCUGGGCCCUCCUUGGCCAAAAAGCUCUAUGAACUCGCUGAGAAGAAGAAGGUCACCAACAACCAGGAUCUUUGGUCCAAGGUGGUUUGCAACACAGAUCAACUGCUGACGGCGGCCGAAGACUUCAAGCCAGUCUUUGAGAAGGCUGUCGACGCCCUGUGCAAAUACGUCCAGGAGGAGCUGAAGAAAACGGCCCAGGAAGGCCAGCAGAUCAGCUAUGACUACGACCUGGUGCUGGGGCCCUUGAAAGAUCCCGUGCGAGUUUGUGAAAAGGCCGCCGAUGACUACGCGGACCGCUUUCCCGACUUUUUGGCCGAAUCCAACGUAGUAGAUGUGAUCCGGGCACGCUUGGUGUGCACCAGCGGCUCCCAGAUGAAGACCUUCUUAAAGAAGAUCUCGGAGAGCUAUGAGACUGAGAUCGAGGGGCAAAAGGUGAAGCUCAGCUUGGCACGUGCCAAGAACAAGUUUUCCAGCAAGGACAGUGAUCCCUCCAGGUUCCGCAAUGUCUUGCUGAAUUUGGAGCUGAGUCGUGAUGGGCAGUCCCACUUCGUGGAGUUGCAAGUGCACCACAAGCUCAUCCUUGAUUUCAACGAUGAGAGCCAUGCGCACGACUAUUACGACUUCUUUCGGAGGGAGCUGGCCAACCAGUAUGGCAAGGAAAUGGAAGCGAGCCUGAACUUUAUGUUGGAAGAGCGAAUGCUGCUCUUCAAGGAAAUUUCUGAAGUCCCAGUUCUCUUGUCGGUGAUGACCAUGGCUUUGCUGCACUCCAACCAGAUGCCCUCGAACCUAUUCGAACUUUACGACAUGGGGUUGCAGAAUAUCCUCUCAAGUCAGCUUGGCGACGUGACAAAGGAAGACAUUGUGGAAAUCUGGCGGCUCAUGCAGCUGGUGGCGCUGAACAAUCAGUUGAACCAGAAGCGUAUUUUUAUGCAGAAAGAUGUGGAGACGGCCUUGGUUGAGGACAAGCACCUACUUCCUGUGUGGGCCAAGUUUGUCGAAAAGGGAGAGGUGCCCUUUGUGAAGAUCUUGGCGGAUGGUGAUGAUGCCGAGUAUCAGUUCAGGCAUUUGAGCUUCCAAGAGGCUUUGGCCUCCCAGGCUCUGGCUGAGCAGAACCAGCUGGGACUGGAGGCUGCCGAGCGGUUCAAGAGAGUUGGCGGGGGCUUUGCCGAGUUUCUGAACAUCCCCUUCUACCGGAACAUGCUUCGAAUUGGUGCUGGGCGAGUUGGCGAUGUUUUUGGGAGAUACUGGCCGCUAACCUCUUCGUUGACAGAUGACGGCCGAGCAGGACUUUGGAAUUUGCUCUUGGGUGCCAAGAAACUGAUCCUCGCGAGCUUUCUGCGCCCAGAUGCAAGCACUUACAAGAGCUAUGAAAAGGCUGCCUUCCCUCCUGGCUCAGAAGAUUGGUUCUUCACAAUCUUCAUGUUCGGUAAGCCGAAGGGGAACGGAUCUCUCAUGUACAACUUGUCGAAGAUCAAGAGCCAGGUGAAAAACCUCCAGGCAGCUUUGGUGACUCAUGAGGCUUGCCAUAUCCUCUUCCGCAACCAAGGCCUCGACGUCUCAGCCUUCGAGGUGCCUUCCAUCGCCUUUCCCAUGAGCUGGGAUGGCCAUGGACAGGCCUUGGACGUCUCCAAGGCGCCACCGCGCAUCGGGCUGCAGCUCUCCUUCAACUGGAAGAACUCCUUGUUGCACUUUGAGGAGAGCGAGGUGGUGUGUCUCGACCCGGCCCAGCCCAAGUCGCAGAUCCCCGACCGGGCUCCAGAGCUUCAUCGGCUCUCCGGGCCUCGAUGGAUUUUCGUGUCCGAGACGCCCCAGGAGCCCUACAACUUCAACCCGUGUGUUUGCACAAAGGUGAUCCCUGUCUACAUGAGAGGCAGCCAUUGUUCCUUCCUGUCCAGUUCGCCGAAGCUCGCGGCCACCUCGGUGAGUGGCGAUGUGAAGCGCGGCCAACGCACGGAGAAGACUGGGAACAUCCUGGCCCACCAGGCCAAGGUGCAGCCAAAGACCACUUUUACUACAGAAUGGCCUCCUCCACCUUGGAGGAUUGCUGCUUCCGAGGAGGUCGAGGGUGUGAUGAUGUCGACCUACCAGUUCUACCACCGAGCCGCUGCCGUGGAAGGCGCGACUGAAGGCGUGGAAAGUGUGAAGGUGUCCACCCGUUGGCUUGCUGCAACUGGCGGGGGCGGGAACGACGUGAUGGUGUCGACCUACCAGAGUUCGUACGAACUGAAGAGCUCCCACGCCUUGAGCGACUUUGUCACAGUGCCCCCGGCGGGAAAGCAGCGGGUGUCGGAGGAGAAGUAUCGCUUCCACCGGACGGAGGAGGUCAUCGCGGCUGCCGGCGGCCACAGUGUGGGCUCUGGGUUUGCUGGUGGGCACUUGGAGCAGCACUAUGGGCGAGUCGCCCAGGUGGCUAGGGCCUCUCGUAGACGGCAGAUGGUGGCGACCCAGUUCCUUUGCAUGCGGGCGACGUUUCUGACAUGGAGGAUGGCGCGCGGCAUGAAGGAUCCCGACCCACCCCCUGAAGUCACAGAGGCAGCUGCCUCCUCGGUGGCGAUGGGAGAGAGCAAGAAUGAGACUGCAGGAGACACGCCCGCGCUGCCCGAAGUGUUGGCCGAAAAAGAGGGCCUAGACGAUCUAGAAGCGCCUGUGAGCAAAGCCAAGCACUAUGAGGAUUCCGGUGGGAAUGCGGAGGUCUUUCGGCCCAAAGAUGCAGAGAAGGGCUUGGCGUUCUUGAUGAAUCUUUGGAGCCGCGCGUGGAAUGAUCAAGGGAAUCGGUUAAGUGACUUCCAGCGAGUCCUGAACGAGAUGGCUCUGCCGGAGCUGCCGCCCUCAGCCCCCCCAGCAGCUGCGACGGUGGUCGCGCAGAGGCGGCGGGUUUGUUGGUGUGAUGGCGUGUGCGUUGCAUGGGACUUCCGCUUGGAGCCAUGGCCGAUCAUGCAGAUGGGCAUCAUCGCUCCGGUCCCAAAAGUCAAGGAUCCCAAUGAUCUGGAAGCAGCUCGCAGUGAAGCGACAGCCAAGAGUGAAAGGAUCCAAAAGAAGGUGUGCUCUGAGUGGGCCCUGGCUUUACGAGGAGAAACCACCAAGGAGUGGUCAACCGAAUUCAGCCCCUGGAAGAUGCUGGCUGAUGGCGUCAUCAGGGAUGACAUCAUUCUUCCGGAUCAGGCGCCGGCCAUGCGCUGCGAGCGUGGCCACGAGCUCAAGUUGAUGCAGACCAGUGGAGGGAACCAGUGCGACAGGUGCAACGAGAACGAUGACAAUCAGGGCCACAACAAGAUACAUUUUCGUUGCCAGCCUUGUGAUUUCGAUGUUUGCAUCUACUGCGCGCAGCGUAUCAAGGAGGCCUACUGGAAAGCUCAUGCGCACCACGACUGGGCGGCUGAACGGCGAGACCAGGCGAUGCGCUGUGCGUGCCGACUUUCUUCCUCGAGCGCCACACGAGUGCCGGAAGAGUUGGAGAAGCCUCGUUGCCCUCCUGGGCGGCACAUUUACAAGCGGACGAAGCCUGGAGACGAGAGGUGUGCGUGUGGCCGGGAAGAAGCGCUGUAUAGAUGCGAAAACAGGGAAUGUCAGCAUGCGAUCUGCCGGAAGUGCUUCUUGCGUGAAGGCCUCAGGCUGAGGAGACCCUGGGAUUCUGACACGGUCCUUGAAGGGUGGCAGCUCUUGCCGGUAGACGCUGUACGAUUAGAUCACCCGACCAAGAAGCAGAUCAUGAUCGCAAGGAGGCGGCAGGCCAAAGGAAAGCAGUGGCAGGAUCUUUUUAGCCUCCGGCACUUCCGACAGGCGCUGAACGUGGAGUUCUUUACACAUCGCAUGGAACCCGAGAAGGCGGCCAGCUUCUUGACGAAGCAUGUGGACCGAUUUCAGAGCUCCUCCAGAGAGGUGAGGGUCUUAGAGCCCAACAAGGCGUUGCCACCGAUGCGGCGGCCGUGGCCGACCUGCCAAAGAGGGCACUUCCUGGAUCAAACCCAGUCAUCAACGAAGGGACGCCUCUGUAAUGUAUGCGGCAAGUUUGCGGGCGGUUACCACUGCUCCCGCUGUCAGGGCUACAAAGUAUGCCGCCUUUGCUAUGUACAAAUGUCAGACAGAUGCCGUGCAGCACAGAGAAUCAACAAGGAGAAUCACAACGAGGAUUUCCUUCGAUGCCUUGCCGCCAAGCGGCGGCUCUGGCGCACACGCCCGGAGGAGCAUGUCAGGACAAGCCUUCGUGGCCCGAUGCCGACUGCUUUCUUCACACAUCGUUUGGAGGACAGAGAGGUGGCUGCUUGUUUCCUGAAGAAGUUCCAAGCGAUCCUGGUGCCGCCAAGCACAUCAACACCAACAGCGACGAACACGGAGAAGCCCAAGCUCCCUGAAGGGGAGCAGUAG